AAUACGCCAUGGCCCAACCAUAUUAAGGGGAGCGCCGGCCAUGAGCGCCACCACUUCCCCCCUUGUUCAAAAUCACAUCCAUGGAGCAUCGGGACGGAGUUUAAUGCUGGCGCCGGCGAGAAGGGCCGCCGGAGAAUAAUCAGGUGAAGUACCGUGAGAGAAGAAGGAUUAAUGGAGCGGUGGUUCCAUUCUCAUUGUAAGCUUCUAAUCUUCCUCUUGUUAAUGCUACUUCGGCCUCCCAAUAUUGCUCUUGCAAUAUCAAAAGAAGAUGAUGGGGAGCACUCGUGCCGACCAAGCGAGUCGGGAAACUGUAGGGACUCAGAUGCAGCCUUCAAGCUGAAGAUGGCGAGCAUGGCGGCGAUCCUCGUUGCAGGGGGAAUCGGCGCAUGCCUGCCGAUCGUUGGGAAAUCGGUCCGGGCGUUCCACCCGGAGAGUGACGCCUUCUUCAUGAUUAAGGCGUUCGCCGCGGGAGUCAUUCUCGGCGUGGGGUGCAUGCAUGUGCUGCCGGACGCCUUCGGCAGCCUGGGAUCGCCGUGCCUGAAGGACGGCAACUCAUGGGCUGCCGAUUUCCCUCUCGCCGGAUUCAUUCUCAUGGCGUCCAUCGUCGGCACGCUCAUGGUUGACACGCUUGCCACAGGAUACUUUAAGAGGUCUGAACUUAGCAAGGCUAAGCCAGUUGGGGAAGAACAAGACAUUGAAGGAAACAAGCUGCAGACGGCGGCUACAUCCGCGUCCGGCCACGAUAUUAAUCAUGCACAUACGCACACCAGCCACGGCCACGCCCAUGGCUCGGUCAUGGACUCCCAUGACGACGCCUCCCUCCUCCUUCGACACCGCGUUAUAUCUCAGGUAUUGGAGUUGGGCAUCGUUGUUCAUUCUGUUAUCAUUGGGACUUCUCUGGGAACAUCUACGAGCCCCUGCAUAAUUAGGCCAUUAAUCGCUGCUUUAAGUUUCCAUCAGUUCUUUGAAGGGAUUGGUCUCAGCGGAUGCAUACUUCAGGCCAAGUUCAAGAAUGGAGCAACAGCCAUGAUGACCAUAUUUUUCUCUCUCACAACGCCCAUAGGCAUAGGAAUAGGCACAGGCAUUUCUUCUGUGUAUGAAGGAGAAAGCCCAACUGCACUGCUUGUCCAAGGGGUUCUCAACUCUGCAUCUGCUGGAAUCCUCAUCUACAUGGCUCUCGUUGACCUCUUGGCCGCUGAUAUCAUGCACCCCAGAAUGCAAGGCAGUGGGAAGCUUCAACUCUUGUGCAGCUUCUUCCUUCUUCUUGGGGUAACCUCUAUGUCAAUCUUGGCAAAAUGGGCGUAAGUAAAGCAAUGAUCACUAGGGCUGCUAUAACUAAAUAACCACCUGCUGGUUCAGAAUUCACAAGCUAAGAAACGCUUUCUAGCCAAUCUGUCAAUUGUGCAAAUGCAAAAAGCUUAUGUGUGUA